AUGAAGGCAAGUAAAGUUGAUGAAAAGAAUUUCAUAUGGUCUUUGACACUAUGCCAUGUCUUAAUUUCUCUAUUUGCAAUCUCCCUUGCCUCUUGUGAAUCUUUCAACUAUGGCCAAGCCUUGUCACAAAGCCUCAUCUACUUUGAGGCACAACGUUCAGGUCACCUACCCUACAAUCAAAGGGUCAAUUGGCGUCACCAUUCUGGUCUAGCUGAUGGUCUAGAUGAAGAGGUGGACUUGGUGGGAGGAUAUUAUGAUGCAGGGGACAAUGUGAAAUUUGGACUACCAAUGGCAUUUACCAUAACUCUCCUUUCUUGGGCUGCUAUAGAGUACGGCGAACAAAUUGCUGGCGCCGGAGAGUAUGGCCACGCGAUGGAGGCUAUAAAGUGGGGGACCGACUAUUUCAUCAAGGCUCACACAAAACCAAAUGUUCUAUGGGCAGAGGUGGGUGAUGGAGAGACUGAUCAUUAUUGUUGGCAACGACCAGAGGAUAUGACAACACCACGAAGAGCUUAUAAAGUUGAUGAAAACAACCCUGGCUCCGAUGUUGCUGGUGAGACGGCUGCAGCUUUGGCAGCCGCAUCCAUUUUGUUUAGGAAAAUAGACCCACAUUACUCUCGACUACUUUUGCAUCAUGCACAACAAUUGUUUGAGUUUGGUGACAAGUUCAAGGGCAAGUAUGAUGAGAGUAUUAGAGUGGCUAAAGGGUACUAUACUUCAGUUAGUGGGUACAAAGAUGAGUUGCUAUGGGCUGCAAUUUGGUUAUAUAAGGCCACACAAAAAGAUGAAUAUUUAAACUAUGUUUUGAAGAAUGCUUAUGAUUUUGGUGGGACCACUUGGGCUAUGACUGAAUUCAGCUGGGAUGUUAAGUAUUCAGGUGUUCAAGCCAUUGCUUCAAUGCUUCUUUUGGAAGAAAAACACAAGAAACAUGAAGUCAUACUGAAACAAUAUCGUUCAAAAGCCGAGCAUUAUUUUUGUGCAUGUCUUAACCUCAACAACGAGACUAAGGCUAACGUGGAUAGGUCCCCAGGAGGAUUACUAUAUGUCCGCCAAUGGAACAAUAUGCAAUACGUUGCAAAUGCAGCAUUUCUUCUCACUGUUUACUCUGAUCACCUCUUAGCUGCAAAUCAAACGUUGCAUUGCCAAAAAGGCGAAGUGGCUCCCGGUGAACUCUUUGCCUUUGCAAAAUCACAAGUUGAUUACAUCUUAGGUUCUAAUCCAAUGGGUAUGAGCUAUUUGGUUGGCUAUGGUCCCAAAUUCCCACAAAGGGUGCACCAUAGAGGUGCAUCCAUUGAAUCAUAUAAAAGGAACAUGGGAUUUAUAGGGUGCACUCAAGGCUAUGAUAAUUGGUAUGAAAGUCCUAAGCCUAAUCCAAACAUACUUAUUGGUGCUCUUGUUGGUGGACCUGAUAACAAUGACAAAUUUAGUGAUGAAAGAAGAAAUUUUGAGCAGUUGGAGGCUUGUACCUACAAUACUGCUGCACUUGUAGGGGUUUUUGCUAGAUUGAACAACUUAGAGUAA